CCCUAUUUACUUACAAACGUAGGUUCUGUUUCUUCCCCAUAUCUCUCUACCGUCCGAUCUCUCAAACGCUAAAGCUUUCAAUCCAUCAACUAAGCGCGCCAAAUACAAAAAAUUAACUUCAUUUUCUUCAUCUUCUUCUCUGCUGAUCCACAAAGCAAACGAACGGAAAAUUGAAGAAAAUUCAGAAAAAAAUUCUGAUCCGGUCAACAGUUGAGGUUUGAAUAGCGUUGUUGUUGAGUAUGGCGGAAGUUCCGGCGAGUCCAGGAGGUGGUUGUGGAAGUCAUGAGAGUGGUGGUGAACGGAGUCCUCAAUCGAAUGUGAGGGAACAGGACAGGUACCUUCCGAUAGCGAACAUCGGUCGUAUCAUGAAAAAGGGAUUGCCUGCUAAUGCUAAGAUAGCUAAGGAAGCUAAAGAUACUGUUCAGGAAUGUGUUUCUGAGUUCAUCAGCUUCAUCACUAGCGAGGCAAGUGACAAGUGUCAAAAAGAGAAGAGAAAGACGAUUAAUGGAGAUGAUUUGGUAUGGUCUUUGACCACCUUAGGAUUUGAGGACUACAUUGAGCCACUAAAGGCCUAUUUGAUUAGGUACAGAGAGAUGGAGGGAGACACCAAGGGAUCUUCUAGGGCUGGAGAUGCGUCUGCUAGAAACGAUCUGGUUGGAGGUCAGCUCAGUCCCACUACACAGUUUGUCUAUGAUGGGUCUUUUUCACAAGGCUUUGACUAUGGGAACUCUCAAAUGUGAAUUUCUAAAAUUACAACGGUUGCUGAUGCGAGUAUCUUCUGCCUUCCGUUCAUGUUGAUCUAUGUACUAAGCCAUUCAAUGGUUGCUGAUAAUAUAUGUUUGAAAGCUCUAGGAACCGAAAGUAUGCUGCAAAUCUUGAAUUUAGCCAUACAACAAAACACUUUAUUUUCUGAACUUCUCUUCCAGUACUUUGAUGCUCUGUACAUGUAACAUGUAAUUUGGCUUUUAUUGUUGUAAACUGAGAGCAAUCUUCUUUUUCUGCAAAACUUGCUAGGUUCUAUGGGUGAGUGACCUUAACUUUUUGUAUGAAGUUGCUUUUAAGACAUUGCUUU